UUGCGAUGUAUGUACUUAUAUAUAUAGAGAGAGAGAUAGACACGAGUAUUGUGGUGUUUCCUAUAUCUUGAGCUAGCCGUGGUCGAAAUAUUGUGAGCGGUGCUUAGGUAUCUUGAUUCCCAAUCGAAAGUAUUGUUAAAGGUGUGACGUGAUAAACUAAAGAUGUGGAAGUUGAAGAUAGGAGAAGGAGGAAAGGGGUUGAUUUCAGUGAACAAUUUCGUGGGGCGGCAACACUGGGUAUUCGAUCCAAAUGCAGGAACACCGGAAGAACGCGCUGAGGUAGAAAGGCUACGUCACCAAUUCACCGUUAACCGUCUUUCCAUCAGACAAAGCGCCGACCUCUUCAUCAGAAUGCAGCUGAGAAAGGAGAAUGAGUUUGGCCCCAUUCCAGCAGCAGUGAAAGUGAGAGACACAGAAAAUGUAACGAUGGAAGCGUUGAUUACUACAAUUAGAAGGGCUAUUAGUUUCUAUUCAUCAAUUCAAGCCCAUGAUGGUCACUGGCCAGCAGAAUCAGCUGGUCCUUUGUUCUUCCUUCAACCACUGGUAAUGGCAUUAUAUAUUACAGGAUCCCUUCAUGAUGUUUUAGGACCCGAACAUAAAAAAGAAAUUAUUCGGUAUUUAUACAAUCAUCAGAAUGAAGAUGGCGGUUGGGGAUUCCAUAUAGAGGAUCAUAGUACAAUGUUUGGAUCAGCAUUGAGCUACAUUGCCUUGAGGAUACUUGGAGAAGAGCUUGAAGAUGAAGAUGGUGCAAUGGAGAGAGGCAGAAAAUGGAUCCUCGACCAUGGUGGUUUAGUGGCUAUUCCAUCAUGGGGAAAGUUCUGGGCCUCGGUACUUGGUGUUUAUGAAUGGUCUGGUUGUAAUCCACUACCACCAGAGAUCUGGCUACUACCCAAAUUCAUCCCAAUACAUCCAGGUAACAUGUUGUGCUACGCUCGCUUGGUUUACAUGCCUAUGUCAUAUUUAUAUGGGAAGAAGUUCGUGGGCCCCAUCACUGGCUUAAUCAGAGCACUGAGACAAGAAGUGUACAAUGAGCCUUACGAUCAUAUCAACUGGAAUAAAGCCCGGAACACUGUUGCUAAGGAGGAUCUCUACUAUCCACAUCCCAUGAUCCAAGAUAUGUUAUGGGGAUUUCUUCAUCAUGUGGGAGAGCGUUUUCUGAAUUGUUGGCCCUUUUCUAUACUUAGACGAAAGGCAUUAGAAAUCGCAAUUAAUCAUGUACGUUACGAGGAUGAGAACAGUAGAUACCAUUGCAUUGGAAGUGUAGAGAAGGUGUUAUGUUUGAUUGCACGUUGGGUUGAAGACCCCAACUCAGAGGCAUACAAACUUCAUUUAGCCCGAAUCCCUGAUUACUUCUGGCUCGCAGAAGACGGCUUGAAAAUGCUGGGUAUUGGGACCCAGACGUGGGAUGCAGCAUUAACAAUUCAAGCAAUACUUAGUUGUAAUGUGAGUGAAGAGUACGGACCAACACUUCGGAAAGCACACGACUUCCUAAAGGCAUCGCAGGUCCGCGAAAACCUACCCGGCGAUUUCAAAUCAAUGUGCAGACAUGUAUGCAAAGGAGCGUGGACAUUAUCAACGCCCGAUCAUUGUUGGCCAGUCUCGGAUUGCACGGCAGAAGGACUCAAGGCUGCACUCCAAUUGUCAGAAAUGCCAAGUGAUCUAGUUGGGGAGAAAAUGGAAAUAGGGCGAUUCUAUGAUGCUGUUGAUGUCAUCCUUUAUUUACAAAGCAGUAAUGGCGGUUUCCCUGCUUGGGAGCCUCAAAGAACCUCCCGUGUGUUAGAGAAAUUCAAUCCAUCUGAAGUCUUCGAAGACGCUCUCUCUGAGAUGGAGUAUGUGGAAUGCACUGCAUCAGUAGUGAAAGCCUUAGUUCUCUUUAGAAAGUUAUACCCAAAGCAUAGAAGAGAGGAAAUUGAUCGUUGUAUUUCCAAAGCAAUCCAAUUCAUUGAAAACACACAAAAUCUCGAUGGCUCGUGGUACGGCUUUUGGGGUAUUUGCUAUACCUAUGGUACCUUGUUUGCCAUAGAGGGACUAAAAGCUUAUGGAAAGAACUACCGUGACAGUCCUUCCCUACGCAAAGCUUGUGAAUUUUUGUUGUCAAAGCAGCUUCCUAGUGGCGGGUGGGGAGAGAGCUACUUGUCGAGCCGAAACAGGGUAUAUACAAACCUAGAAGGCAACCGAGCAAACUUGGUUCAAACUUCAUGGGCUUUGUUGUCUCUUAUUCAGGCAGGACAGGCUGAGAUAGAUCCUGCACCUAUACACCGUGGAAUGAAGUUACUAAUCAAUUCACAAAUGGAAGAUGGAGACUUCCCACAGCAGGAGAUGACAGGAGUAUUUAUGAGGACCUGUGCCCUCAACUUCUCUUCCUAUCGAAACAUCUUUUCCAUAUGGGCUCUGGGAGCAUAUCGUCGCCAUGUCUUGUAUGCUUAAGGCCUGAAUGCCUCAAAUGGUUUCGUUCUUGGUACCCCUACGCAUCAACUCCUACAUGUGUAAUUUAAUUUUUAUUUGGAUCAAUUAUAUGUUUUGUAACGACCCACCAUGGUCUCUACACUUAGUAGAAUCGCACUACUGCUAGUGA